AUGAAAUUAAUGUUAGAUGUGGAUUCAGUUUAUUUAUUACCUCCUGAUGUACCAUCAAAUCAUUUAAGAUCUCUCGCUUCUGGCGGCGAAAUUGAAUUAUCUCCUGAAACUUUAAAAGCUUCUAUAAUCACUUCUUAUUUCACUUAUUUAAUGCAAGCUCAUUCACAAGCUAGUUGUGGAAGAAAGGAAGCUCAAACUGAAUUGGUUAAAACUAUACAAGAUUGUGGAGCUUAUUUAAUGAGUAUUAUUAAUUGUGUAUUAGAUUUUGCGAAAUUAGAAAUAAAUAGAAAUAAUAAUAAAAAGAAAAAGGGAGGAACGAAUUGA